GAAUCUCUGUCUUUGUCGGAAACUUGAGUUCUCUGAAAUCAUAAAUCAUGGGUUUGUGGGAUGCUCUUCUCAAUUGGCUUCGUAGCCUCUUCUUCAAGCAAGAAAUGGAGCUUUCAUUGAUAGGACUUCAAAAUGCAGGAAAGACAUCACUUGUUAACGUUGUUGCAACCGGUGGAUACAGUGAAGACAUGAUCCCUACGGUCGGAUUCAACAUGAGGAAAGUGACAAAAGGAAGUGUCACAAUCAAACUUUGGGAUCUUGGUGGUCAACCUAGGUUCCGCAGCAUGUGGGAACGUUACUGCCGUUCUGUUUCCGCGAUUGUGUAUGUAGUUGAUGCUGCUGAUCCUGACAACCUCAGUGUCUCGAAGAGCGAACUCCAUGAUUUGUUGAGCAAGACGUCCCUUAGUGGUAUCCCUCUUCUAGUCCUUGGCAACAAAAUCGACAAGCCUGGAGCUUUGUCCAAAGAAGCUUUAACUGAGGAAAUGGGACUCAAGUCACUUACAGAUAGAGAAGUCUGUUGCUUCAUGAUAUCUUGCAAGAACUCCACUAACAUCGAUCAAGUCAUUGAUUGGCUUGUAAAGCACUCCAAAUCAUCGAGCUAAACUUUGCACCAAACGAACAGAAGUCAACUCUCUGCAGUUCUUGAUCUUUCUCAGUCUUCUUGUGUUUGUGGUCCUUUGAUGAUGAUGAUGAUGGUGAUGGUGAUGGUGAUGGUGAUGGUGAUGGUGAUGGUGGAAGAAGACACAGCUUUCUCUUUUAUCCUGUGAAAAACAAGAUUUGUCUAUGUUUUCUAUCUGAUUCUUUAUCGUCUUUCUCCUUGGUAUGUUGCUGUGUUCUCUGUAUAUUAGAUUUGAUUGGUUUCCCUCUUCUUACAGCCAUGAGAUCACUUCCUUCGGGGUCAGCUUUUUCAAUUUUACCAGUUCAUUGCAUGAUUCGAAAGAACAAAAACAUAUGUGGCCU